AUGUCGUCUAUGACUCAGAACCGUCUCUUCCGCGAGUACAAAACACUGUCCACAAACCCCCCCGACGGCAUCACUGCAGGCCCCGUUUCCGAGGAUGACAUGUUCCAUUGGGAGGCCCUGAUCCAGGGUCCGGAGGGCACUCCUUUCGAGGGUGGUGUCUUUGCUGCAGAGCUCAAGUUUCCGAAGGAUUACCCGUUGAGUCCUCCGACGAUGAAGUUCGUUGGCGGUGGUGUUUGGCAUCCGAAUGUUUACCCUAACGGAACCGUGUGUAUUUCUAUACUGCAUCCUCCUGGGGACGACCCGAAUCACUAUGAACAUGCGUCAGAGCGGUGGUCGCCUAUCCAGAGCGUCGAGAAGAUUCUCAUUUCUGUUAUGAGUAUGCUCGCUGAGCCGAAUGAUGAGAGUCCUGCCAAUGUCGAGGCCGCCAAAAUGUGGAGGGAGCGGAGAAGCGAGUACGAGAACAAGGUCCGCGAAGAGGUCAGGAAGGGAUUGGGAUUGUAA